AUGGAAGGUGUGACAUUGGACAAGUGGGGUUAUGAAGUGAAGACUUCUUCCGAUGCUUGUAUUGCCGCUAUCAACUCCUACUAUGAUCAGGUACUUGGUUAUGGGAGAAAGAGGGAUGUGAUUCUUGAAGCUCCAAAAGCAGACCCUCGUUGUGUUUUGGGCAAUAUUUUGGCGGCCAGUUUUAUCUGCUCCUCUGAUCCUGCUAGAACUCCUCAAUUCCUUGAUGCUUCCAAGAAGUAUUUGGAAAAUGGCAGCGGAUAUGAGAAAGCAGUUUUUGAUGUUGUUAGCUAUUUUAUUCAUCCUGAUAGGGAUGACGACUUAGCUGUUGAUAUGCAUUCUAAGCACUUGAAAAAUUACCCAAAAGAUCUGUUGUCUCUUAAGAGGAUUCAAGUGUUGUGCUUUUACAUGGGCCGACCGGAUCUCUCUCUGCAACUUGUUGAGCAGGUCCUGCCACUAAAUAAACAAGCAAGUUUCAUAUAUGGAAUGCUCGCAUUUCAGUUAUUAGAGCUUGGUCGAAUGUUAGAUGCAGAAAAAGCAGCCAAAGAGGGUAUCCAGAUCAACAAAGAAGAUGCUUGGUCACAACAUGCGCUAUGCCAUGUAUACCAAUAUGAAUGCCGUUUCAAGGAAGCAAUUGAAUUUAUGGAGGAGUGUUCAUCAUCGUGGAGUUUUUUGUCGUCAUUUAUGUACACUCACAAUUGGUGGCAUGUCGCUCUUUGUUACUUGGAAGGCCAUUCUCCUAUUGAGAAAGUCAGAGAAGUCUAUGACACACAUGUAUGGAAGGAAUUGGAAAGAAGUGAUGCUACGCCUGCGGAGGUCUACCUGAAUGCAUUGGGACUAUUACUACGCAUUUACGUAAGAGGCCAAAUUAAAGUCUUUGAGGAUUGUCUCAGCAUCUUAGCAAACUGUCUGCAAGAUCAAAGUGUCUGGUACCUGGAGUGGCACCUUGAUGUGUUGAUAGUGUGGACAUUGACCUAUGCUGGAGAAAUUUCAAGAGCAGAAGAUCUUCUUUCAGGAUUGAGAUCAAGACUGUCUCUGAUGCCUGACAAGAAGCGACGGCUGAUGCAACAAGGGAUGCUGCUUGCAGAAGCAUUACACGAGUAUGGGAAGGGUGAGAAUGAAAAGGCCCUGAAAUUGCUUGGACUUGAAUUUGAUGUCAUGAACUUUAAGGUCAUAGGAGCAUCUGAUGAACAGCUAGACGUUUUCAAUGAAGUUUGGCUUGCAUUGUUAAUCAACACGGGUCAAGCCACAAAGGCCAUUCAAACCAUUGAAAAGCAGCUAGAGAAGAGAGACGGUGCCCCUUUCUUGUGGCGCCUUUUGGAAAAAAGCUACCAAAUGUUAGAGCGGCCAGAAGCUGCAAGUGCUGGAGAGAAAGCCCGUGAACUAGAGGCUGCAUACUUUCCGUAG